CACCCUCCUGUCAGUCCAGCUCUCUCCGGCUAUGGCAGGACCGCUCCAUUGCCAGUCCGCUUCUCCUCUCCACGGCGUCACUAACAAAAUGGCCCCGACCCCCCAUGCGCCUCUCCGACUUCAACAACUGGCGUCACCCGUUCCCCCACGCCCCCUCUAAGUCACGCAAUUGGCAAUAAUUGUCAUGUGCCCUCCCCCUUGUCGUCACGCCAUUGGACGGGACCCCUGGAGGCCCCGCCCCCUCCUUUCUGGCAGCUCGGCGGCGGAGUCUGGGUAUCGCAGGAGCCCAAAAUGGCGGAGCUGUGGACUGGUGUCCGUUCUGCGCCAACCGACAAACGCGAAUCGCUGCCGAAGCCCAGAGAAGCCAUCGUUCUGAAGAGCAGCGGCGCCGAGGACAAGGCCCCGGCCUUACCGUCCUCUUCUUCCAGUACGAGCGGCCAGCGCCAGCUGCAUCCCGCCAAGAAGAUCCGCACGGAGGAGAAGGGCUUCAAGCCGAAGCGUGUGAAUGGCGAGGGCGGAGGGGGCGGGAGUAACCGUCCAGCGCCGGGCUAUGGCACCUCAGGCGGGUGGCCCUUCCCAGCUGUGCCCGGCGGCAGCCUGUGCCUCGCCCCGCCCGGGUCUUCCCGGUCUCCGCAUCCAGCGCCCAGCCCGGCCGCCCGACACCUAUCCAACGACAAGCCGAAGAAGAGCGCCGACAAGAGGGAGAAGAAGAAGAGGCGAGAGGAGGAGGAGAAUGGCGAGCUGAAGGCGGCCACCCCGGGGAUCCCUCGGCUGACCCCUACUGUCCGGGGUGAUUUGAAAGAAAAAGUCAAAAUUAAAGAUAAAGAUAAAGAGAAGCAGAAAAAGAAACAUAAAUUAAUGAAUGAAGCGAAAAAGGAAAACGGAGAGGUGAAAAUACAGCUGAAAGACCCGAAUGAAAAGCCAAAACCAAACACGGAUGAACUGCAAAUUAAAAAAGUCAAGAAGAAAAAGAAGAAGAAACACAAGGAAGGUGAGAAGCGUAAACAGCCGAAAAUGUACAGCAAAUCCAUCCAGACAGUCUGCUCAGGCCUGGUGUAUGACAUGGGAAAAUAUGAGAUCCCAGAAGCCAAAGUAGAAGUGGAUGAACGUUUGAAGGACUUGGUUGUGAAGGUAGAGGACAAGAAGGUUGCUCCAGAGAAUGAAGCUCCUUUUGUGUCUCUGAAGGAGCCUCGCGAUCAGCACAAACCCAAGCGGUUGGACUCUUUGGAAUUCAAGCACCUCAUUCACAUAGAACAUCAGCCCAAUGGCGGAGCGUCUAUAGUACAUGCUUACAGCAGCGAACUCUCUCACCUGUCUCCCAUGGAGAUGGAAAGGUUUGCUGAUGAAUUUGUUAGUCUAGCCUUUAGUGAAAAUGAAAAUUGUGCAGCUUAUUAUGUCAUGGGGAUUGUGCAUGGGGCAGCCACGUAUUUACCUGACUUUUUGGAUUAUUUUUCCUUUAAAUUUCCCAACUCCCCAGUCAAAAUGGAGAUCUUGGGGAAAAAAGACAUUGAGACCACAACUAUUUCCAACUUCCAUGCUCAGGUAAAGAGGACGUACUCUCAUGGUACAUACAGAGCAGGUGCAAUGAGGCAGAUCAGUCUGGUGGGAGCGGUUGAUGAGGAAGUAGGGGACUACUUUCCUGAAUUCUUGGACAUGUUGGAGGCGUCUCCUUUUCUGAAGCGCACUUUGCCGUGGGGAACCACAUCAAGCCUGGAGCUAAAAAGCCGCAAAGAAAGCGAUGAUGGUCCUAUAAUGUGGGUGCGCCCAGGAGAGCAGAUGAUCCCUGUAGCUGACAUGCCAAAGUCUCCAUUCAAAAGAAAAAGCUGCAGUGGGCGGAGCCGAGCCCUCAUGCUGACGUCAGCUGGAGAGGAAGGGGAGAGAGGAGGAGAGUGGAGAUGCAGAGCGCCGAGCCACCGACGAUCAGCUGAGGAGCGGGAACGAAGCUUAUACAGAACUACCAAUGAAAUAAAAAACCUGCAGUACCUACCUCGGGCUAGUGAGCCUCGGGAAAUGCUGUUUGAAGAUAGGACAAGGGCACAUGCUGAUCACAUAGGACAGGGCUUUGAGCGUCAGACCACCGCAGCUGUAGGUGUACUGAAAGCAGUGCACUGUGGAGAGUGGAAUGAACAACCUCGGAUAACCAAAGAUGUAAUAUGUUUUCAUGCUGAAGACUUCAUAGAUGUGGUGCAAAGAUUACAGCUAGACCUGCAUGAACCGCCAUUAUCACAGUGUGUUCAAUGGGUUGAUGAUGCAAAGCUAAACCAGCUUCGUAGGGAAGGCAUUCGUUAUGCUAGGAUUCAGUUAUAUGAUGAUGACAUCUACUUUAUUCCAAGAAAUGUUGUUCAUCAGUUCAAGACCGUGUCGGCAGUGUGCAGCCUGGCCUGGCAUAUCCGACUGAAAAUGUACAAUUCAGAAGUGGCAAAGAACAGUAACUUGGAAGAAACAAUUUCAGAAACAGAGGUAAAACCUAACAUUGGAAAAGAAGAGCAUAAAUUCUGUGCUGUUAGCACAAACACCUCUCAUGUACAGUUUUCAGACAUCAGGCAGUCAAAGGACCUUGAGCAAAAAUGUCAGCAAGUAAAACACGAACCAGUAUCUCCCCACCAAACUGGUGAUUCAUUUGGCAAUAUCAAUCUUCCAACUAUUUCCAUGACUCCUGCAGAAUGUCAGACUUGCACAAUAAAAUCUGAACAUGCCAAGGAAUCACAAGGCAGGAUUGGAAGCGAGACUUUGGGAAUCAUUAAACAAGACUCGAGAGACAUUCAAGAGAACACUCCACAACCUAUACCAACAAACCCAGUUGUGCGGACAAAAGAGGAACAUCUGUGCUAAAAUAUGUAUAUAUAGUUUUUUAUUCUACAUAACGUAAUAAUAAUGUAAAGCUUUGUAAAUCAUGGGGCAGGCUUCCACUUGCCCUGUAGUCUGUUACUGAAUCUAGUUAUGUAGCGAUGUAACAUUCCUCAGUGCCUGUCCGUAACUGUGAAAUAUCAAAGCACUUAGGGCCAGAUGCACUGUAAACACUGCAGGUUUAACAUAAAGUCUCUCUAAAAAUUUCAGUUUUGGUUCUAGGAUAGAGCUGACAUUAACAUAUAUAUUUUUUGUAAGAUGAGCCAGAAUUCUUUUUGACAAUUCCAGGCUUUUCCAUAGAGCUUAUUUAUAUCGAUUUUUCAUUUUAAAGGUGUCAGCACUGUAGUGUAAAUAGCUUUUUUUAAAUCUUUUUAGUGUGAUUUAUACUGAAAUGUGAACCACCUAAUAAAGGUUCAUAACAAUGUAUUUGGUUUUAUUUAUGGGCAAAGUCUUGUAUGUUUUCAAGAAAACCAUUGUGGAUUUCUACAUUGUACAGGUCCAGCUCUUCCAUAAUAGUGGCACAAAAGGCCACGUUAGUCAUGUUUGGGUGUAUAUUAGUGGGCACUGAAGGCAAGCGCCAGCAACACAGCUGCAUGGUUACUUUUAUUGUCACCUUUUAUGCACAGCACAGACAGUUGAUAUUUUCAGGGGUACGGUUCUAGCUGAAUAACAAAAGAUGCUUUUAAUGACCCCUACCCGAAAAAAUCUCUUGGCAAAUCUGGCCAUUCUUUUAGAAGAAUUUGUUGUAUAUGGCUCCAUUUUUAAUGCUUCCCUCUUGGCAGUUCUUCUGUUUUCAAGGAUGAUGGGUUCAUGCAGUCAUUUGUAAUCAGAUGGUUCCCAUCUCUGCUUCCUACAAUGAAAGCUUUGAUUGUGCAGCAGAAUUAUUUUUUGCUACAUUUAUUCAUGCAUGUGGUCAGUAUAGAAAAACAGGUGUGCAUUGAUUAGAAGUUUGCACAUUAACCUGUAAAAACAUCCCAAAUGAUGGACUUUACCUUUGUUUAGCCUUUGUCAAUAAACACCAGAAUAAUUUUGA